CCCCGUCUGACCCCUCACCCACCCUAACGUCCGUACCCCUCUACCCGCGGCCCUGACCUAUCCCCACCCCUGUCACGCACCGGCUCGACGUAUUUCUCUCCCCACUAGCGCCCCAUUCCACCCACGCCCCCAUCCCACUCUUGCCUGUUUCACGAAGGAGACUCUUUUCCUUGGUCUCGCGACUUCUUCUCCGUGUCUUUCCGUUUAUCCUUUCUAUCCCUGCUUUCCUACCCGCUCAUCCCUUUCGCUCUACUCUUCUCCCCCGUCUUCUCACGCUGCUUUUCACCUUGCUCGGUUCAUCCCCCCGGACAUCCCCCACCGUAUCACACGCUUCCUUUGUCUUUUCCAUUUAUUCCUUCGUCCGUUCGCCAGUCGAUCCGACUCGUUCGUCGACUCGUAUCGCUCUGUUCGAGCGUCUCGCUGGCCGGCAUUUUUCUCAUUAGUUUAACUCGUAAGAGAAUUACGAUGUGAUCGAUCAUUUUUAUACUCGUACUCGCGCGUCUAUACGUAAUAUGCUAGCGUGUGUUUUUAUUCGCUUAUAUGGCCGACGUGUUUUCUUCGAAGGUAGUUUGCGCCUUUCGGCGUGAUACGCGCCGCGGAUGGGGUGAAUAACGCAGGACUAACGAGGUGGAGAGCCAGAGACAGAGAGAGAGAGAGAGUGAAAGAGGUAAAGGUAGAGAGAGAGAGAGGUAGAGAGAGAGAGAGAGAGAGAAAGAGGGGACGUGCAAGAGAAGAGAGACGAGUCAAAACUUUCCAGUCGACGUGGCCGCGGUGGCCCGUUGACGAGGAGGACAGCUAUUUCUAGGUGAGAAUUCCCAAGAUCAGAAAAGAGUCACGGUGACGCGGCCGCGGUCGAAAUUACGUAAUCCUUCGCGACGAUCUCGUUAAAGUUGCUUUCCUUAAGAGUCAAAUUUAUAAACGGUAAUACGAUUUGCUUAAUAAUGAUUUAUUACACGCUUACGAUACCGUUUGUAGCCGUAAAUAUUUCGGCGAUGACAUUUAUUGCCCGAGUGUAACGGCAGUCGGUACACACCCUUUCGUCUCAGAGGUUUGCUAGCCAAAGUUCCUCCGCAGUUAGGCUUACGCGAGUCGGAUUAACGUUUGACCAGAUUCGAAGGGAGCGUAUAACCACGCGGCACGCGUGCCGCUGCGUUGGAAACCGCGAAUCUUUUGUCCGGUCGCAUGCUCCUUAAUUUUCCUCCCUUUACGAGGUAGGAAAGCUUGCGACCUUAAGCGAUUGCGGCGAGGCAGAGUGGCGCAGCGCCGAAUUGUACGUGCGUUCCGGUGGCCCUUGUUAACGCAGGAAUGUAAAUCAACUCGUAAUAGCGUGGUUGCCGAGGAUUAAGCGGCGCGAGAAGACGAGAGCGAGCGUGGUAUGACGCGGCGAGAAGGUACGAAGUGCCGGCGAGGCAAGACCGGCGUCGACGACAACGAUCACAGCUACGACUACGACAACGACAACGACAACGACGACGAAGACGACGACGACGACGACGACGACGACGACGACGACUACGACAGCGACAACGACAACGCUACGGGCUACGAUGACGUCGAGGGCGACGACGGCGACGACGUUGGCGACGGUAGUAGCGGAGGGACGGGGAUGAGAGUCGAUGGGUGGGAAGAACGGCAGCACCCUCUCCUCGUGCCCCGAAGCAUUAGGAGUUCGGUAAUAAAUCUCGUUGAAAAAACACACGCGCGUACACGUACAGCCACGUACACGAGUGCACGCGCGUUCGUGCGCGUAUGCACGUAUUCUCGAGCAGGGAUCUCAGACUGUUCCGCUCUCUUCCGCGCGCGUCUAUCUCGUUCGGUUCGUACAUCUGUGCUCUGGGAAUGCAACGAGCGCGAGCAAGAGGAAAGCCAGUAAAACGUAAGGAAGGAGGGAGCGCGACCCCCUCCAAAGCUUUAGAUCUUUCCUCGUCUCUUCGUCGCGGAGCACCGCGUCCGACGGCAACGAGGUCGACAUGAUCUAUGCACGCCGUGCAGAGGCGAGUGUCACCGUUUGCUUGAUGCAUCGGUCCUCACCUGAGCCCUCCCCUCGGCGUCGUUUCUUGGCCGUGCCCACAUCGACGUCCGCUCGGCCCGCGGAUCGCCGAUCGCGCGUCGUCGAUCGUUCGUAAUACCGCGUUAACGAGUUUCGUCGGCAACUUUUUCCGCUUACCUCGCCGCCACGUAACGCCGCGAAAAACCGUGGUUCGGUUUCCUCGUGGAAAAUAAAGGAAAGGGCGAGGCGAUAAUUUGAAAAGCGAUUACAUCGUUUGACGGCGAGAGCGACGAAGCGACAGAGGAAGGAAGAGACGAGACGAGGAGGGGCCAACUUGGAGAAGAAGGCCAGACGCGAAUAGUACGACGACGAUGGUUACAUUCUACGGAUCAGAGAGCUCGAUAGCGUGCCGAAGUCGAAGCGAACGGCAAUAAAUCCAUUUUUCGUGAAGGGUCGGUCGAGGGGCGAGAGCGAGCCAGGGUCUGAUUAGCAGCCUGACUCGCCGUACAGGAUGACAGCCGGUUAAACGGAUAACCUAUGGAAAGUUACGAGGACGACGACGACACUCACUUCUGCAUCAAAUGCCAUCUGACGAUACACGGCCUCGACAAUUACGUGCGACAUCGUCAAUCCGGAUGUCGGCCACCGGACGACAAGAACGUAGCCGUGCGGGUAUCACCCACGACGCCCGCUUCGCCGACCACCGUUUUCUAUCCGGAGAUACUGAACGCGGACGCAUUCUUCAGUUCGCUGGAGUUACAGAGCAGCUCCAAGUCGAAUCCUCGAAAGGCAUCCGGUUUGCUCGAGGAAAGUAGGAAGUUCAAGAAGGACGACAAAAGGAAAAAGAGUCAGAAAUCGCAGGUGGACGCGGACGAAUCGACGGUAAAAGAGAAGCUUCACAAUAUGUUGCCCGGAGUUUCGGAGCUGGAAAACCCGACCGACCAUCUCUGCAUGCCAUCGCUCGUUGGAUUCCCCGAUAUCGUUCCGUCCACGUCCAACAAGCCUACGGUUGCGAGCAACCGGAACAAAUUAAGUCAAUCGAUGAGCAACGUCGCCACGAACAUCGACAGCGGUGGAUUUUCGGUGAAGCCCGAGCCGGAAAAUUCCUUGGAAGGUCUGAUGACGUCUCAGGAAUCCAAGCAGUCGGAUAGAAAACGACAGGAAGAAUCGCAGAGGAUCGAACAGGCUCAUCAAACGUGGCUGGAAUACACGAUAUUGGCCGAGCUGGUGUCGAACAACGAAAACAAGGAUCUGACCAGAUACGAGUACGAAUAUCAACAGGACGAGGAUUCGGAGGACGAUAUAUUGGAGGAAGAUUUGGGGGAGGAUGACUCUUACUUCGAGUCUGACGAUGGGGAAGAUCGAGAACGUCCACCGCGUGGUCACAUCGGUGGCAAAUGGAAGCCAGAAUUGGACGAUCUUCCUCAAAAUAUGUCUCAACUUCAGGACGACGACGUGGAGCCCGAAGACGAACAUCAAGAACAUCCGCCGCCGACUUAUACAGGGGGCAAGUGGCGACCCUCGGACGCCUCGCAGAAGCCAGAAGAGUACGAGACUAAGAGCAACGUCGGACAACCAUCGCCAGGACACACACGAGGGAAAUGGGUACCGGGCGCACAAACGGAUAUCGAAUCAGGAUAUUGGUGCAGUCCUUGCGGCAGGAAACUUGCCUCUCGAUUGGUCUACAACAGGCAUCUUCUCUCUGAUUUGCACGCUAGAAGGAGCAUCCGAGAAAUCGAUGGCGUUCUUUGCCCGCCGCGUGCCGCCAACUUGCACGCACUGAAAAAAUCAUCGAGUCGUAAUCAAAAAACUAAACAAGCGGGUGAAACGAAGGAAGCGAAGAAAAGUUUGCGAAAACGAGAAAAGGAAAUACUUUGUUGCGAAAUGUGCCAUGCCCGAGUGAGAAGAACGCAAAUGGGCAAGCAUUUGCUCUCUCAUUAUCACUGCCGCGUGGCAGGUGUAAAUCCUUGCGGCCCACGGGCGCGUCGCUUUUUACUAGAAAAUAUGGCGAAUGUGGUUCGGCAGUGUCCUUUUCAGUGUUUCUCUUGUCGUUUCUACUGCAACACAGAGGAAACAUUCCUGCGUCAUUGGCGAUCCGAUCUUCAUGCAAAAACGCUCGACCAGAUCGCCGGCAGUUACAGAUGCACUCCUUGCGACUUUUGGUGCGAGGGCAACGAAACGAUGGAAGCGCAUCUGGUCGAUUCGAGUCAUCGCGACGUCGUUUCCAUGAUGAAUGGUUCGGUACCGAUCAGGAUAGGUCGUCAGCAAGCUCUGACCUGCGGCGGUUGCGAUCGUCGAUUCCGAUAUAAUUUGCAACUUCGAUUGCACAUCAAGGAAACUGGCCACGAAGGGAGUUUGACCGCAACGGACGAAUAUCAACAGCGAAUCAAAUGCAAUCUGUGCCCGCAAAUACUUCGAUCGUUGGUGGCACUUCAGCGUCACCAGUUGUCUUCCCACGUCACGAAGAUCGAGAAACACGAGACGAACGAUUCGUCCCAGCCAACGCCUUAUUUCUGUUCGUUCUGCUCGAUGAAUUUUGCCACUGCUCGAGAAGCCGUAUUACAUCGAAGAACGUCCAGUCACAAGGAGAUGGUGAAGGCUCGGAAAAGCAACGAAGGCCCGUCGACGUCUACGGUUCGACAGUGUCCUCAUUGCAAGCAGAAGCAGGCGAAUUUGUCGGAGCACAAGGCGCACCUUCUCGAUAGUCACCCCGAGCUUUGUUACAGAUGUCCCAAAUGCGGUACGUUGUUUGCCCUCUCGCAAGACGUGACGAGGCACACGAGGGAAAACAAGUGCCAUGACUCAAACGAUGAAUCGAAUAAAACGAAAACAGCGGACGCGAGAGACGAAUGGAAAUGCAACAGCUGUAGCUUCUCGACCAACAUUCAAGCGGAAUUUAUCUUCCACGAAGCUCUUCACGCCGGGAUCGUGCGAAACGAUAACGAAGACGAGAACCCUGGCAAAUCAUUGGCGAAGUAUUCCUGCCCCAUCUGCAAGAAGGCAUUCACGAAAGUGUCAUUACGGAAUCACAUCAGAAGCCACACCGGAGAGCGUCCGUUUCCUUGUGCCAAGUGUCUCGUGCCCUUUUCCAGAAGAUCCGACCUAAACGCCCAUCAGAAAGAGUGCACCGCUUCGACAUCGUCCGGAUGGUCGGAAGGUUUGGGACGGAAACGCAGCUUUGUUUGUUCCGAGUGCAACAGCGCCUUCUACACGAAGCACUCGCUGCGACAGCAUAUGCUGCGCCACGCUGGGAAAAAGUACAAGUGCGGACUUCCGGGCUGUCCAACGGUGCUCCGAACAGCCUCCGAAUUGAGAUCGCACAGAACCUUGGUACACGACAGCACGCCGUCUAGUAGACGAUACAAGUGCUCCGAUUGUUCUUACGCGGCCAAAACGAAAACUCAGCUACGCCGACACUGCACCCGGCACGAAGAAGCAGGGAACGUGGCAAAAUCAGAACUUCGCGCAUGUCCCUACAGUGGUUGCGCUUUUAAAACGAAGCUCGCUUCUCAUUUGCAGCGGCACGUGCGUCUCCACACGGGCACAAAGCCAUACAAGUGUCGUCAUUGUCCGUACGCCAGCAACAACUUGGAAAACCUGAGGAAACACGUGUUGUCCACGAACUUGCAUCCGGGCAAGACGAUCUACGAAUGCGACGUUUGCCAAGAAGACAACCCGGAGCCGUUCCAGACGAAUUUCGCGAAAGAGCUUCGCGCGCAUCUGCUGGAAGUGCACAGCGACGCUUUUCCAACUCCUAACCACGCGAACGAUUACGUGGUCGGGAUUUUUAAGGUUCGACGAGACUGCGACGAGUCAAAUUAGAGGCGUCGCGAUCGUCGUUCGAACAUAUAUCCCGCGGAUCGUCAACAGCGGCGAACAUAGCGCACUGGACGUUGGUGGUAUCGGUGUUGUUCGCGAUCGUGCGAACCGGUAGGCCUGUACCGUGCCAGGAAAUAGUUAAAGUGAUGUACGGUCACGUGGCACGGUACGUACUUUGGACGCGUACACGGCCGAAUCUUUAUGUCCCUAGCGUCGAGAUAUUACGAGAAUCGUUCGAGUCCACCUGCUGAUUUCUUGGAUUCCUCGACGCGCCCGUAUGCAGCAGGUACGUAAGAUCGCGAGUUGUCGUCAUUGUAUCGCUUCGUCGUACUCGUGCAACCAAAGUAGACGUAUACCGUUUCAUCGUUUAUUAGAAAUAAGGACAAACGUGACGAACGGUUCGCGCGCGUUGAUCCCUCGCGACUAAUCGUACUGUUUCUCGUCUUUGCUUUACACGAUAUCGGGAACGCGGACAAGAGCGGAUGAAAGUACCGAGAUGUAUAAAAGAGAAAGAGAGAGAGGGAGGGAGAGAGAGGGGAAUGGAACGAAACGAGACGAAACGGUCGUUGAAAAAUUCAUCGUGGCUGAAAGCCAGCGACGGACCACCUCGUGGAUCGUCUUACAAGACGCGUUUCCGUCUUCGAGGGUCCUGAUUGUGAGAAAUGCAUCGUGCUGUCGCGCGAGAUAGGUGUCGUAAAGUAUGCGGCCCUUGAGUUCUCCUGGGCAAAAAGGACGAGACCGAGCUGGAAAGACGGAGAGAGGAGAGAGAGCACGGGCGUCGUGAGCGCGAAGGAUAAUUUAUUGACUAAUUAACGAGGAUGUCCUUCAUUACGGGUCGAGCAGCAGUCGUGGUCGCUUGCUCUCGCUCGGAACCGGCAUUAUUUGGCGCCCGAAUAUUUACGACCGCGUCCUCCUUCUGCCCGUGGACCGGGCCCUCCGCCCCGAUACCGAUGCCGAUGCCGAUGCCGAUGCCGAUGCUGAUGCCGAUGCCGAUGCUGCCCUGCUGCCUCUGUCCCCUGCUUGAGAAACACAAACCGUGAGGGAGAGGCCCGGGGUGGACAAGGAGAAGAGGAAAGAGCGCGCGGACCCAUAACGACGUGUCCCGAUCUUACGGCGAUUCGGGGACUUGGAAUUUCCUUGCCGAUGGCGAUCCUACGGCCUACUCCGACACACGAGCACGAAAUUCGCGGGCGUUACUCUUCGGACAAAGGAUCGCGCUUAAAUCUUGCGAAACUCGCGCCGCUUCUCUCGCCGCGAGAACCGCGUCUAAAUCGAUUCAACGACCGAACCAGAGCUUAUCGAAACCACCGUGUGAUCGCGGCACGAUUCGCGUUACAGCUAUUGGUAAACCUACGGCUAACGCGCAGGCGAUUUAUACGCGUAUUAACUUUAUUUCUGUCCGGGUAUAACUGACAGUGUACACGCGGCGUCCUUAUAACGGCCUCCCCUACAAAUUUCGGGACAUACGUACAUAUAUAUUCUGCUUUAAGCGAGUAUGGCAUUAGCCAGAGUGUCGUUUACUCAGUCACGUAACUUUGAGUUAAUCUUUGGAAAGUUAGUACACGCCGCGAGUUCGUUCUCGCGAGUCUUUAAGCUGCGUCGCUCUUCUGCGUCUACCGUUCGCGGCUAACGGCUAACGUUCCGUUCGAUGUUCGAAUAGCUAGCAGAUAUAAAGAGACCCGUAAGGAAUCGAGUCUACGCGGCCAAAGAAUCGUAAAAACUAACGCGAAAAGGCAAUGUACGAGGGCUGCGUGGCUGUCUUUCGAGCAUCUUUAUAGCGAGUUUAUCACGGGGAACAAGGAAACCGAUACGUAGAAAGAAAAAGUAACGCGAAAUUAGUGUGAACUGCAAAGUGCUAAGAAGUCGCGACAGGAUGGUUAGGUACACCGCUUAAUGAAGAUAUAACGAGCCUGGCGCCCCGUGGGGUUGGCACGACGACGUCGGCACCGAGACGCCCCCCACCUUCAUUCCCCAACGCGUCCUCGUCGUUUCUGCAGCAGCAGCCCCUUCUCGCAACGAGUCUGCGAGCCUCGGGUUACGCCAGAACACUCGUCCUCUUUACGAUCUUAGCCGGGCAGCGUGGCUCGCGAAAUUCCGCGGACUUUAUUCCCCUAAUUACACUCGGCAACUUAUGUCACUGCCAGCCAGAGAUUCCCCUCGCGAUGUCGCUUCACCGCGUCAUUUAUUUAGACAGUUAAUAACCUUCAACGGUUAGCUGCGUUAGCUGCGAGUUUAUUCGAUGCCGAUAGUCAUCGAACGAUCGCGGUGAUUAAUCGUGAUUGACCGUGGCUGUGAUUGGUCGGUCAGUUCGUCGAAAGCGGCUUCUCCGCGUUCUAAAAGCGAGGUGAUUUUGUCGGUGUAGAGCGGCCGUGUCACCAGCCGCCACGUCUUAUCUUAUCCCGAAAAAAGCGCUAUAAAUUACGCUGUUCGAGUUCAAUUUCGUAGGCAGUUCGGUUAAUCGCGAGGUGAUUGAUCGUACCAAGGUUUAUCCAGAUGAAUCCACGCAAUACUUUCUACCGUGACAGCACAGCUCUCGCAUACGGCACUCGACGGUCUCGCUUUGUCUCUCCUCUUCUCCUCUUCUCUCCUUCCGUUUCCUCGUCGUCUUCCUUUCUCCCUCCGCCCGCCCGUCCCCCCCCCCUCUUUUUUUUGUUCGUUCCUAAAGAAAGAACCGAGAGAGAAGAGAGGACCCUUGCCCGUUACGAUAUUCGGUGUCCCAGAGUUCGCGAGGAUUCGCUGGCAUUCUAUCCCGCGAAACGACGAACGGAGCGAGUGUAGAGGAUCGAGGCGGAAUGGGCCGAGGGCGGACGAUAUAUUUUCCCCGGAUGGCUCGGACACGGCCUCGCGUGUCUACACGCGUGAGCUCGAUGCCACGUCGCGAGGAGACAGCGGGUGUCGGCCGGUACACGCACAAGCGCCGAAACGCCAUCUUAAUUAUCGGCUGCGAUUAUUUAUGUCGCGUCACACCGUCGCACCAAGACUCUCAUAGCAGGUACCUACUCCUCGUGUUGUGCUUUGGCGUACCUCGAUGACCGAACGCCCCCUCGGUCGUCGAGCGUUUCGACACCCGCGCUCCUUUCGAUGGCCGUUCCUUCUUCCAGCGGACAACCGGUCGUCGAUUCUUCUCUUUUAGCCGUGAAAUUUCGAAACGAUCGCCAGGACGGAGGAUCGCGCCAAUUAAUACCACGAAUCCCGUAUCGCGUGGAAGGGCCGCGUGGCCUGCGAGAAGGACGUUGCCGGAGACAGAGAGAUACCGCGUAGGGAAGACGACGAAGGAUAGGAGGAGGCGAGUUGCCAGGACUGGAAAAGGGGACCCACGGGGAUUGAUGGCCACCACCUUUAAUGCCGUUUGUAUGUAGCGGCGCGCGUAAGCGCCUCGCCUUACAGUAAUUAGCUCAACAAACGCGCCACCCUGUCCCAUCAAUUGCUACCCUACGCUUUCGGUUCUCUUUCCUUCCCAUUCCCUUUCCCUGCUCGUCUCUCUCUCUCUCUCUCUCUCUUCCUCUCACUCGCACUCUCUGUCUCUCUCUCUCUGUCUCUCACUCUCUAGGACUCGCUUAUACGCACGCAACUUCUGUAGCUCUUCGCCCUUACCCCUAUACCGCAGAGUUUCUCUCCCUCUCUCUCUCUCUCUCUGUCUCUCUGUCGGUGCAGCAGUCUUGUUCUUCCGUGCUCUCCUUCUUUCUCUCUCUCUCUCUCUCGCUCGGGCUCGACACUCUCACGUAUCUUGAAUUAAACAUUCGAUGCCUCCUGUCUUGGCGGCGUGCGCGCAGCUCUUGCGUCGGGAAUGCAAAUGCAGAAACGUGGCUCGCUCGCGUGUGCGUAGAUGCACGUACGAGCGAGCACACGGCCGGACGACCGUGGCGAAGAGUAGGAAGGGGUGUUAUCCUCGAGCGACGAAUUAAAGGAUACGCCGAAACCCGAUUGAAAAACCACGAUGCGCGCAUUCGUGCGUGUAUAGCAAGUUCGCGGCUCCACGAUCUUUACUCCCCACAUCGACUCGCUUCACCGGGCGUCGUCGUAUCUCCGCGAUUUAAGACCACGUGCUCUCGCUUCCACGACCACGGCAACACCAAUACGUGGAAACUUUUCAUCCUGCGGAUUGCUUUUGUAUAUUAAGAGCGAAUCGACGAAUCGCGCGAUAUAAAUUACUCGGUAAUCGUGGAUUCGGGCACAAAAGCGACGAAGGUUUAAACCGGUUGGCUCGGUGGUUCGUGGAGUCACGCCACCGUUUAAUAAUCAUUCUAGCGGUAACGCGAGCAACGCGAUUAUUGCACUCGCCUAGGACGCAGUGUCUCGUGCAUGCCAGCGCGUACGUCCUGGCUACGCGAGGCUGCAUCGACACCACCUACGCGAUCCCUCCCCUCCCACAAAGAGGGAGCCAUAUUGCGUGGUCUUGAUAUUUACGAUUGAAACAAAUCAAACGUUAUCAAGCAUUCCGGGACGGUGAUAAAGAACACAGAGGGGACGCGGAGGCAUUUGCUGCUCCCAAGGGGGAUGUCAUCGGAAAAUCUUCCUCCCGGCGUUCCCAGUUAACGCGCCGUCAUAUUUGCUCUAUAUCGUAUCGAUCUUGCCCGUUCUCGGCGAUUACAUCUUUCACCGUAUAUACCAACGUCGAUACGAGUGAAACCAUUGGCAUCCUUUUAAAUGAAAAACAUACCGGCUAGCUUCGUCUGGGUUUAUCCGAUAGUAAGACUGCUAGAUAUCGUAUCGAUUCUAGGAAAGAUCGGAAGUAACCGAUAGCCGAUAACGAUAGAUGUACGAGUAAUAAAGAGUCGAAAAGACGAUUAGGUAAGGGAUUAUGUCUGAUAAACGAGACUCGCGACCGUACGCAUAAGUACGCGUAUUGAUUCGGAAGACGUGCAAGUUCACGAGUCACGUCGAUCCACUUCACAGAUCGAAAAAUACGCGGAAUCGAUGAACUUGCUAACGUUGUUCUUCAAAUCUACCUUCGAAUUUACUGUUAUUUAUAUCGCUGAUUGUUUACGUUACAUAAGUGCACUUGUGAAAGUUGCUCGUAGAUUGGACCUUGAUAAUUACGCACCUAUGUAACGAAACGAAGAGAUUAAUAAAAAUUGACGUUACUCCGACUCGCUAGAAACUCGUACAAAUAAAACUACGUCGAAGCAGUUGCCGCCCUUGUCUCUGUCCCGUUAAUCAUCCUCGCUACGUACGUCCUAUACCUAAUUGUCGGACGAAUGAGAACGCGAGUCGCUAGUGGAAGCGAACAGAAAUCACCGAAACUGUGCGUGGCCUGCCGUUGGGCCCUUAUAAAUCCAUCUUUCUUUUAAGGCCGAAGGUUCUCUACGUGG